AUGUCGUUGCUUGCAAAUCAUCUGGAGCAGAUUGCUCUCUCUUCCAAUGCUAUUGCUGAUCUCUCAUUCCCCCCACCACGGAUCUUCACGAACUCAUUGCUGAGCUCUCCCGACAUUACGGCUUUGAUUCGCGACACGGAAGCUCAUGAGCGCGCUCUUUUCCAAAUUGACCCAGCUGCAAAAGCGUUUAACCCGUCCCAAAGACGAGCAACCCGGCGGGGCACCACCUUUCAGCCCGAGGCGGAGAGAGAAUCAAUGGCCAGUCGAAUAUACGCUGCAAAGAACAAUCGAAACCAGUCAGCUGUGGCGAGAGUACUAGGAUCAGAUAUGAUGGAAGAAAUCAGACGGUCAGCUGGCACGUCAACCAGAGGGCCUCGUGGUGAGGUGAACGUUGAAGUUCUGCUAAGAGGUGCAGAGAUUCUUUGCAAUGUCUAUCCGGUUGCUGGUGCGCAGGAUAGGAUUACUAGCCUUCGAUAUCGUCACGAGAUAAUCUCAGGCUCCAUCGCCAACUUGGAGGAACGGGUAGCGAGAAACACGGUCGAAUUGGAUCAGAUGAGAGGCUCCUAUGGUGAUGAUGACGACUACGAUAACCCUGCCCUCUCACAAGCGGCAAUCCCAGAAAUUACGGACGAGGAUAUUGAGCGAGAGCUGGAAGAGAUCAGAAAACUCGAACGAAGAAAACGGGCUAUGGAGGCCCGCGUUACAGGCAUGGAAAGAGACCUGGGUGGCUUGGAGUGA